AUGCAUUACGGAAUCCGGCAGUCGUCUUUAGAAACUGUUUUACCGCGGUUAGAGAAGUCUCGUGUAAUGAUUGUACGGGGUAAACAUAAAGGUCUAACGGCAACCAUGGAAGAGAAGGACAAAAGGCGAUGUCUGGUCGUCGCUCGGUUGCUGAGGUCUAACGAGAUUGUAACCGUGGAUUUUGACGAUGUCUGCCAGCAUCAGUCGAGAGAAGACGAUGACGAUGAUUACUGA